AUGCACAACAUCUGCGACGACUUGAUCUUUCAGGGCACAACAAAAUGGUCGCAAGAGAAGGAUCGCAUACUGCUGGCUCCGUACGACUACCUGGAUGGACACCCUGGCAAGGACAUACGAUCUCUCCUGAUCGGUGCCUUCAACGCAUGGCUCCAUGUGCCCAAGCCGAGCCUCGACAUCAUCACACAAGUGGUUGGCAUGCUGCAUACUGCCUCGCUACUCAUAGAUGAUGUUGAGGACUCCUCCGUCUUACGACGAGGCGUUCCAGUCGCACACAACAUCUUCGGAACCGCCCAGACCAUCAACUCGGCCAACUACGUCUACUUUUGCGCUUUGCGUGAGCUUAUGAAGCUGAACAACCCUCGGGCCAUUGAGAUUUACAACGAUGAGCUACUCAACCUACACCGCGGUCAAGGCAUGGACCUCUUCUGGCGAGACUCAUUGACCUGCCCUUCUGAGCACGACUACCUCGAGAUGGUUGGCAACAAGACAGGUGGACUGUUCCGUCUUGCUAUCAAACUCAUGCAGGCAGAGAGCAGCGUCGCAAUCGAUUGCGUCCCCUUGUGCAACACCAUCGGACUACUCUACCAGAUCCGUGACGACUACAAGAAUCUCUCCGAUACAAUCUACACACAGAACAAGGGUCUUUGUGAAGACUUGACCGAGGGCAAAUUCUCCUUCCCCGUCAUUCACAGCAUCCGCUCCGACCCGCAGAACCUCGUCCUCAUCAACAUCCUCAAACAAAAACCACAAGACGAAGAAAUCAAGAGAUAUGCCGUCAAAUACAUGGAAAAGACGGGCAGCUUCUUGUACUCACGUCAGGUAUUGCGAGGUCUAGCGAAGAAGGCUCUAGCACUGGUCGACGAACUUGACAAGAAUCGUAACGAAGGCGCGGCGAUUCGAAAGAUACUUGACAAGAUGCAGGUCGACGAACCCCACGUGGAGCUCGGAAGCAUCUCGUCAUCGUCGUCACCUUAG